AACACAGUUAAAAUGCAUUUGCCAAUAAUUUUUGGCAUUUUAUAUUUCUUUAAAAUUAGUGCAGUUAAAAGUGAGGCUAUAAAAAUAUGUGAUAAUUAUCCAGAUUACUGUACCAAUAUUAGUGGUACAUGUCGCAACGCCCCAAUGAUGACAAAACAAGAAAUUUUAGAGUCAUGGGGAUGUACUGUAGAAGAAAUAAUAUACGUGACUGAAGAUGGCUUCCAACAAAGUAUGCUUAUGGCAUAUAAGGGUCCUCAACAAUCUGAUAAAUAUGCAAUAAUGUUUCCUGGCCUGUUCAAUAGCCGUCUUAGUUUCAUCUCUGUUGGAGAAAAUUCUCUUGCAUAUCCUUUAAUCCAAGACGGAUAUACAGUUAUGUUACCAACUUAUAGAAAUUCAGACCCAGAGUCAAGUACCAAUAUUUAUAUGAAUUCGGAUGACCCUAAAUUUAAUGAGUAUUGUUUGGACACACUAGCUGAAUAUGAUGUGAAAGCAGCCUUUGAUCAAGCGAUUAUUAAAUGCAAUAAAUCAUUUGUCGUAGUAGCAUAUUCUAUGGGCUGUGCAGUAUCUUCUAUGUUCUUAAUUGAAAACCCUUCGUAUCAAGAUUACGUUCUCGGAAUGGUUUUCUGUGCUCCUGCCAUUUAUUUGAAGGGUACUUCAUUAACCACCUUAUCAUAUACUGUUCCAGUUGCACAAUUUGUUCUAGAAGUUACUAGUAAUUGUGGAGUUAGUAUGCCAUUUUCAGGCUAUUCACCCAACUGUCUAACAAUGUUAUCACAAGAAGAAACAUUGCAAACAUUCUAUGGGCCAUCUUCAAAAACUGAUUGGAGUACGGUACCGUGGAGUGAAGUUUACGACUAUGGUAAUUCCAGUUGCAAUUGUCUAAAACAGUUUACGCAAAUAAUUAUCACAGAUGCAUUUGCCAAAUUACUUUAUGACCCUCUCUCGGACCUUAAUUAUUACAACCUAAGUGCACUGAAAGUUCUCGUAGCUAUAUUAUAUGGGGAAAAUGAUCUAGUUGUUCCGAGUAAUAAUACCAUACGGCUUAUUAACGAGCUUUCUAAUGGAUGUGGACGUUACCAGAUAUCUGGUUACAACCAUAAGAAUUUCCUAGACGCUAGUGAUACUACAACUACACUACAUCCAUUGCUACUAAGUCUAUGUAAUAAUUUUUCUUAGAAUACGUGUAACAUUUCUGGUUCAUUGGGAUAAAGAAAUAUCGUCUAAUUACUAUAGAUCU